GCAAGCCAGAGAAGUUUAUGACCAAAGAAAGCUCUGGAUAGUGUGUCGGACAGUCGGAUUAAGAAUAAGAUACUGGGAACAAACAUAAGGUAGAGGAAAUGCUGAUGGGAACAUUGCCAAUUGCAUCAGCUUCCUCCCUGAGUUUCUCAAGGAGGAGGCCUUCUUUCCCAUCAAACUCUUUUACACAUUCUUCUGUUUGUCAUAUACAUAACUGUUACAAUCACCGUCCUUCUCGAAGACUCGCUCUCUUUCAACUUGGCACUGCUAUCCCUCAGUCACAGUUGUUUGGUUCAAAAGCAGCUAAGUUAUUAAGAGUAGAAGGAAACUCAAUUGAGAGUACAUCUGGAAACAUGGCUACUGCUGUUAAGGAGAAAGAUGCAUUACAUUGGGUUCAAAAUGACAAAAGAAGAAUGCUUCAUGUUGUUUACCGUGUUGGUGAUUUGGCGAAGACUAUAAAGUUUUAUACUGAAUGCUUAGGAAUGAAGCUGUUAAGAAAACGUGACAUACCAGAGGAGAAAUAUUCAAAUGCUUUUCUUGGAUAUGGACCUGAAGAUUCUCAUUUUGUUGUUGAACUUACCUAUAAUUAUGGAGUUGACAAAUAUGACAUUGGAAAUGGAUUUGGUCAUUUUGGUAUUGCAGUAGAGGAUGUUGCGAAGACAGUAGAUCUAAUCAAAGCAAAGCGGGGCAAGGUUACCAGGGAACCUGGCUCUGUCAAAGGUGGGACUACAAUAAUUGCUUUUAUAGAAGAUCCAGACGGUUAUAAGUUUGAACUUUUAGAGAGGAGGCGUGCACCUGAGCCACUUUGUCAAGAAAUGCUUCGAGUUGGUGAUCUUGAUCGCUCUAUUAAUUUCUAUAAGAAGGGUUUUGGCAUGGAGCUUCUUCGUAAAAAAGAUAAUCCUGAGUAUAGGUAUACAAUAGCCGUGAUGGGCUAUGGUCCUGAAGAUAAAAACGCUGUGCUGGAACUAACGUACAACUAUGGGGUCACAGAAUAUGAUAAAGGAAAUGGUUAUGCACAGAUUGCAAUAGGCACGGAUGAUGUUUAUAAGACUGCAGAAGCAAUUAAGCUAUGUGGAGGAAAGAUUACUCGUGAGCCUGGGCCCUUGCCGGGCAUUAACACCAAGAUUACUGCUUGCCUGGAUCCAGAUGGCUGGAAAUCGGUAUGGCUGACAAUGAUUGAGCAUACGAUCCAUGGAAACAGUAAAGUCAAAAGGUUAAUAGUGCUAUAUAUAUUUUCUGGCUAGAUGAUGGACUUUAGAUGCGAUGGAACAACCUGUAGCUGCUCCAGCUGUUAGUGUCAUG